GAAAAAAGGUAGAAAAGCCAAGUUUAGAAGCAAAUUUUCAUAGCUCCGAUUCGAAAGUGGGAAAGGAUUUUGCUUGCUUGGUGACUAAAGCAAAGUGCGUGGUGUGUUUGUGCUGUGAAAAGCUGGUUAAAAUCAUGAUUCACGAUCGGCGGGUGUCCUAGUUGGUGCAAGUUACGCUUUUGGUGCAGUGUGUUUUACGGAAAUAGUAAACAAAGGAUUUCCUGCUCUGGCAAAUGCCACAGACUGUGGCUGCCCAGAUCAGCAGCAGCAUCUUGCCUGUGUGUAAGGCCAGCUCCUAGUGCCCACCUAACUGGAGCAUACUCUAACGCCCUCCCAUAUAAGGCUAUUCACGCGAGGCUCUCGAAGGACAACGACACGCAACGCGAACGCGUAAAAAUGCCUCCGUAUCGCUAUCCUACCAACAACUUUACUUACGUCAGUUCCUGCGUAAAGUAUAUGAUAUUUCUGCUCAACUUUAUAUUCUGGCUGUUCGGUGGACUGCUGAUCGGUAUCGGGUUCUAUGCGUUCGUGGACAAAUGGCAGGCUACCGGGCUGAUCAAGCUGGAAACGUUCUACGACAUCGUGCUGAACCUGUCGCUCGUCAUGAUCAUCGCAGGAGGCAUCGUGUUUGUGGUCAGUCUUGCUGGUUGCCUAGGUGCGCUGCGAGAGAACACCUGCCUGCUAAAGUUCUAUUCGCUCUGCCUGUUGCUCUUUUUCCUGUGCGAGAUGGCCAUCGCCAUUACGGCGUUCGUGUUUCCGCACAAGGUGAACGCGGUGCUGGAGGAAUCGUUUACGGACAAAAUCAUCACCACCUACCGGGACGAUCCGGACCUGCAGAAUCUCAUCGACUUUGCCCAGCAAGAGUUCCACUGCUGCGGGCUUAGCAACGAGGGCUACCUGGACUGGGGCAAGAACGAAUACUUCAACUGUUCGUCGCCGAGCGUGGAAAAGUGUGGCGUACCGUACAGCUGCUGCAUCAACGCGACGGACAUAAGCUCGGGCCUGGUCAACAUCAUGUGCGGCUACCACAUCCAGCAGCAGUCGGUGGCGGCGGCCAGUAAAAAGAUCUGGACCAACGGGUGCAUCGAGAUAGUGCGCGUGUGGGCCGAACGGAACCUGUACGUGAUUGCGGGCGUAGCGCUCGGGGCCGCCAUCAGUCAGCUUUUCGUCAUCUAUCUCGCCAAAACGCUCGAAGGCCAGAUAGACCUGCAGAAGAGUAGCUGGUCAUAGUGAAUUUACGUAGGGUGGGGAGGUGGCGGUCGUCCAGUGUGAUGAUCAAUGCGCAGCGCAGAAACGAACGGAGCAGCAACAGAAAAGACGAGAACAAAAAAAAAACACAAAAAUAACGAAGCACAAUAGCGUGUGCUUUUGUCGUACAGAUCUGCGCGCUUUGAUCGAAACAGCACAUUAUUCCCUUCAUCGUUUCGCAGCAUCGUUCAUUCAGCAUAAGCAGCAGCAGCGCGCAUACGAGGUGGGUGGGUGGGUUAGCAAUAUGCGCCAUCACCACUCUGCAUUGCGCUACAGAUGUGUCCGCUUUCCAUGUCCUCCUACCCUACUACUCCGCCGCCAACGAAGCGCACCAGAGUGCAGUCAGAGAUUAUUUGCGGUUUAAAGUUUGCGCAAAAGUCAGUGUGCCGUCGACGGUUAGGCAAGAAUCUUGAAGCAAACUGCGCGUACACACGUACAAGCGCGCGAAAGAUCGGUAGCGUUGUGAUCACAAAUCACACUACUAAUUAGCCUACUCAGUUUUUACGGCUAGAAAUGUUAAUCGAACAAAUUAUUCCAACUUCAAUCAGAGUAGGCGACCAAUUUUUCUCGUAAGUUAAGGCAACUGUUUUCAAGCUCGAAGUUAUAGUUAGGUUCAUCUGAGAUACGGGCCAAUCAAGAGUAUCGACGAUUUUCGUUCCACGAGUUCAGAAUCAUCCCAAUCGCUCACUAGUUCUAAAUGGCCCUUCACUCGAGAGAACAGGAAUGCAGGAACCUGUUGUACGGGGCCACAGAACAUCCACGGACAGCAAUCGAUGUUCAAAGCACAAGAACGACUGAUAUGCACAAGAAGCACAGACUGGAUGGAUAGAGAGGGUGAUGUUACAAGACAAGAUCAUUUACUAUGUAUUUACGUGUAAAGCUACUAGACUGGUUGUUCAACAAGUGAAAAAAAAAAAACAAAUCCCUUUCGACGUUGCUUCACAUCCCGCGAGAUAUGGCCCGCAAACACAGCAAAAGAAAGGUGCGAGUGGAUGUCGUGUAUCUCAUUUACAAUCUCAAACGCGCCUCCGUGGCCGAGUAGCAGAAUAUCAAAUUUAACUUUUAACAAACGCAUAAACGCGUGAACAUUUCGUCACGUUGCUGUCCUGAUGUGUAGAGCCCGCGCAUAGAAUCCCCAACCACCAUGUGCAAAAGAAGUAGAAUGUGUGAGCCGAAGCAUCGACCGCCGAUGGUCGGCAAAUUCCAUGUUUUUAAAAUACAAGCGACAACAAAAAAAAGGUAUGAACAUGCGGGACGAGAGAGAGAGAGAAAAGUUAAUUAAAAAAAGGGAACGUAACGACUGCGCUGACUUUAAAAUACUACAAUAAGCCAAUUCUAUGUCAUAUAUUUGUAAAGCUCAAUAGAAUUGUAUUUAAUAGGUAUUUGAGGAAGAAUAAAGGAAAUAUAAACCGUGUCAUACAGCA